AUGCAGGCUAUAGCCAUCGACGGCCGAAAAAGGCCAAAACGACGGCCAUCUUUGGCUGUUAGCGACGCCAAAGAUAUGCUGUGGUUUUCGGUCAACGAUGGCCAGAUCCGUGGGGAUUUGACCGGAAAAGGUCAGAUCGGUGAAAUUCCUACUAUUAUGGUCGGCAGGCCUGUUACAAGCUUUGAUGAGGUUACUUUUCACUUUAUUGAUUGCAUAUAUUUCCAAUCGCAGAAGUCCAAAUCACAGCAGCAAGGUUUAUCAAUUAAUCAGCCUCAGAUGGUGGAUUCAUCACUGCACACUCCUGUCCGAACCGGGACAAAAGGCUAUCAGACAGCCCCCUCGAAUAAUCUCUCUUCGCAAUUUGGCAUUGAUGGACUCAAGGACUGUGAUCAAUUGAUUCUGGACUAUCUGCAGCAACCUUCAAGCAGUGAACGGGAACGGGGAGUGCACAUAGCUGAACUUUCCCAGCAUUUGAAAAUACCUGAGAAGAAGAUCAUGGAUUCAAUUGUAUCUCUUGAAAAUGAAGGUUUGAUCUAUUCUACCAUUGAUGAAUUUCACUACAAGUUUGCACGUGGUUAA